UUCCCGUACCUACUUUAUGUUAAAGCCAAAUUCCAAAACUACCCUCGCCUCAAUAUAAAAGACGAAGAACCUCCUCACUCUCCUUCCAACAAAAUCUUCUCAUUGAUUCCUUCGUCAAGUCUCUACCUCUCUCUUCACUCCUCUCUCUCUCUCUCUCGAAUCAACAACAACAACAAGAGAUGAAGCAUCUGAUCCGCCGCCUCUCCCGCGUCGCCGAUUCCGCACACUACAGCCUCCUCCGCUCCGAUUCGCAGCGACCUAGUAGCCGCCGUCCACCGGCGCCUCGCCGCUCGAAGAAGCACACAUCCUCCGUUCCCGAGGGACACGUACCUGUCUACGUGGGAGACGAGAUGGAGAGGUUCGUCGUGAGCGCGGAGCUGCUUAACCACCCGGUUUUCAUCGGUUUGCUGAACCGAUCGGCUCAAGAGUACGGUUACGAACAGAAAGGAGUCCUGCAGAUCCCCUGCCACGUGCUGGUCUUCGAGCGCAUCAUGGAGUCGCUUCGGCUCGGGUUAGCGGUGCCGAGCGACCUACAAGAUCUAAUCGGCGACGAGACGAUUUGACACGCGGGGAAUCUUUGGUAGUUAAUAGAGAGAUGGAUCUGGUUGUUUUUUUUUACUGGCUCAGAUGCAGUACGACGCCGUGUUGAUGAUGUACAUAGCUAUGUAUAUUUUUUCUGAUGAUGAUGAUGAAGAAGAUUGAAGUUCGAAUGGGAAGGGGAAAAGAUUAGCGAUAUUUUUAGGGCUUUUCUUUUUGAAUUUUUUUUUUUAAAUUUGUUUGUUGCAAAUUUCCUGUUUUUCGCCGGUUAAAGAACCGGUUUGAGACUCUUGUGGAGGUUUAUAUGGAAAUUUGCUUUGGUUCGGUUAUGUAAUUUAAGCGUGAUUUCUUGGUUUAUUUGAAGGAAGAUUCCUUUCUCUU